AUGGUUGCAGCAGCUAACGGCGCAAUUGGGCACGACGACAGCGUCUCGCCCCAACCCACCACUUUGAGCACGCUGCCGGGCCCCAACCAUGACUGGAGCGUGAAUCUCAAAGACAAAGUCAUUGCCAUCACUGGCGCCAACCAAGGCAUCGGUCUGGCCCUUGCCGAGGUAUGCCUCAGCAACGACGCCGCCUCCGUCUUCAGCCUGGACAUUUCUGAACCCGCGGAGGCCUUUGCCGACCUGGCGAAGCGCUUCCCGGGCCGCCUCGAGUUCCAGCACUGUGACGUUACCAAGGAAGAGAGCGUGCAGGGCGCGCUCGACGCCAUCGUCGCCCAGAAGAAGCGUUUCGACGGCAUGGUUGCCAAUGCCGGCGCCACCAAGCACCAGCCCGCGCUCGAUUUUACCAUGGACCAGGUCAAGAGGCUUUUUGAGCUGAAUGUCUAUGGCUCGUGGAACUGCGCCACGGCGGCGGCGAGGACGUUUAUUAAGCUCGGCUGCCCGGGCAGCAUCGUCUUUACUGCGAGCAUGACGUCGUACCGCCCAAACAGAGCUGCCCCAUCAGCUCCCUACGGCGCAACAAAGGGAGCGGUGCGCAACAUGACACACACUCUUGCCAUGGAGUGGGCAAAGUAUGGCAUCCGCGUCAACAGCAUCUCGCCCGGAUUCGUCAAGACUGCCUUGACGUAUUUUGUUGAGAAGGACCCGGAAUGGGGCACCAAGAUGAAGAAUUACGGUGGAAUGCCUCGUUUGGCUCUGCCGCAGGAACUCGGCGGGGCUUAUGUGUAUUUAUUGAGUGAGACGUCGACGUACACGACGGGUAUCGAUAUCCCGAUAGCUGGCAUUGUUGGAGCCUGGUGA